AUGGUCUCCGAAUCCGAACUCAUUGGCCGCCUCCGCGAGUUCCUGCGGAGCUCCGACCUCAACACCACCACCACCGCCACCGUCCGCCGUCAGUUGGAGGUCGAUUUCGGCAUCGAUUUAUCCCAACGCAAGGCAUUCAUUAGGGAACAGGUGGACUUGUUCCUGCAGACCGAGCAUAACCAAGAGCAACAAAAAGAAGACCAAAACGACGACGUACCAGAAGACCAAGAAGAAGAAGAAGAAGCACCUGAUAAUCCCGAGCAAAGCCAACCCUCCUAUUCCAAGGAAGAAUCCGGAGAAGAAGACGAUAGUGACGAAGAGGAACGAGAUAAACCUAAGCGUGCCAAAAAUGUCAAGAAGAAAAAAAGCCGAUCUAACAAGUUAGGUGAUGAGGUAGUAAAGAAAAGAGGUGGUGGUUUUUGCAAAUUAUGUAGCCUGUCUCCACAACUUCAGGAAUUCGUGGGAGUUCCAGAAAUGGCCAGGACAGAGGUUGUUAAGCAAUUAUGGGCCUAUAUUAGGAAGCAAAAUUUGCAAGACCCAAACAAUAAACGAAAUAUAAUUUGUGAUGAGCAAUUGCGGGCCCUUUUUAAUGUCAGUUCCAUCAACAUGUUCCAAAUGAAUAAAGCAUUGUCAAAGCAUAUCUGGCCAUUGGGUUCAGAUGAUGUUGUCCAGGUGAAGUCCACACCAAAGGAAAAACAGAAGAAGCAAGAGAGAGAUGAUGAUCCAGAUGAGCCAAAAAGAAAGGAAAAACGGCAGAAGGGAGGAGGGAAAUCAGGUUUUCUUGCUCCACUUCAGCUAUCUGAUGCCCUUGUAAACUUCCUUGGUACUGGAGAAAGUGAGUUACCAAGAACAGAUGUUAUAAAAAGAAUGUGGGAUUACAUUAAAGGAAACAACCUUCAGGAUCCUUCUAACAAGAGGCAAAUAAUAUGUGACGAGAAGCUAAAAGAACUCUUUGAUGUCGACUCCUUCAAUGGCUUCACAGUUACAAAACUGCUGGCACCUCAUUUUAUAAAGACACAUCGGUGA